CAUCUCCCUGUUCUCUCUGCAGCUGCUGUCAGUGCAUUGGCAAAAUUUGGAGCCCAGAAUGAGAAUUUGCUUCCCAGUAUCCUGGUGCUGCUCCAAAGGUGCAUGAUGGACAGYGACGACGAGGUCCGUGACAGAGCCACCUUCUACCUGAAUGUCCUGCAGCAGAGACAGCUGGCCCUGAAUGCUGCCUACAUUUUUAAUGGGUUGACAGUCUCUGUUCCUGGGAUGGAGAAAGCCCUCCAUCAAUACACUCUGGAGCCUUCAGAAAAACCUUUUGACAUGAAAACAGUUCCCCUGGCCACGGCACCCAUCUUUGAACAGAAAGCAGAGAUUGCCCUGGUGCCCAGCAAACCUGAGAAAGUGGCUCCUUCACGGCAGGAUAUAUUUCAAGAACAACUGGCAGCCAUCCCAGAAUUUAAGGGCCUGGGGCCACUCUUCAAAUCUUCAGAAGCCGUGCAGCUCACGGAAGCAGAAACAGAAUAUUUCGUUCGCUGUAUCAAACACGUGUUCCCAAACCACAUCGUUUUCCAGUUUGAUUGCACCAACACCUUGAACGAUCAGCUCCUGGAGAGGGUCACGGUGCAGAUGGAACCGUCGGACGCUUACGAUGUGAUCUGCUGUGUCCCUGCUCCCAGUUUAGCCUACAACCAACCUGGAAUGUGCUACACCCUGGUCAGCAUCCCCCAGGAUGACCCCACUGCAGUCUCUUGUACCUUCAGCUGCACCAUGAAGUUCACAGUGAGGGACUGUGACCCCAGCACGGGGGUGCCUGAAGAGGAUGGCUACGAGGAUGAGUAYGUGCUGGAAGACUUGGAGGUGACAGUGUCUGAUCAUCUCCAGAAGGUUUUAAAGCCCAAUUUUGCAGCUGCCUGGGAGGAGGUGGGGGAUGACUUUGAGAAAGAAGAAACCUUUGCACUCAGYUCCAUUAAAACCCUCGAUGAAGCUGUCAACAACAUCAUCAAGUUCCUGGGCAUGCAGCCCUGUGAGAGRUCAGACAAAGUGCCAGAAAACAAAAAUUCUCACACCCUCUAUUUGGCUGGUAAGUAUUCCUAAUUUUGAACUCCACAU